AUGCCACAGCCUUAUCUCUGGACGAAGCUGGAACAGCGGGGAGAUGCAAAGGUCUCGGGAAGGUCCGGACACACACUGACGGCGACGGCAGCCGGGCUUGUUCUCUUUGGUGGCGUCGAUGGCCGUCUCGACUGUAACGAGAAUCCCGCUCCGAAUAACGACGUCUACCUGCUGAACAUCAACCGGACGACAGCGACAUGGAGAGAGCUUCGCAUCCCUCUGGCGCAACGGCCGCCGCCACGAGCAAUGCACAGCUGUACUGCCCUGUCGUCGAACCUUCUUUUCUUCUUUGGAGGCUGUUCCUCGGCAUCGCCUUUCGUCUGCAAAAAUGACACCUGGACUCUCGACGUCUCAACACAAACCUUCAAGAGGAUCGUCUGCAAAGGCGAAGAGACAGAGGACGGAGAACAGUUGCCUGAGAGUCGACUGAAUAUCGGCAACAACAAGAAGCCAGAUGCAGCAAACUCGGCGAUGGCGAAUCUGUUGCCGAACUUGAAUUUAACGGGAGCGUCACCCGAGAGAGAAGACUUUCUCGGCUACAUGUCUCAACUGGUUGCGAUGGAAGACCUGCCGACUGACUCUGAGGGAGUUUCGACGGAGACGAGUGCCUCACUGCCUCCGCCUCGGUGCAGCCAUACGGCGAGUCUGUGGCGCAGCGAAGGAAAGUCGAAAAUUGUCGUUUUCGGAGGACACGGCGGUUACAGAUACACCCGAAAAGCUCUCAAUGAUGUGUGGAUUUUGGAUCUCACUGAUCUCGCGUGGACGGAAGUGCGGUACACUGGAAACGCGCCGGCGCCCCGGUACGCCAGAGUUGAGGAGAGAUCUGUUUCUCGCUGCAGCGACUUCUUCCAAUUCGAAGUCAUCUGCAUCCGCCUUUCGAGACAUACCUGUAGAGGCACAGCAGCUUGA